AUGCGCGACACCGUCCGGGACGGCGACGCAGGCUCUGGCCUCCUCUCAAUGAGCGCGCUGUGCUGGGUGGUGAAGAGGAUGGAUCGCCUGACCGGCGACGACCGUCGCAGUGCGACCAGCAUGGACAAGGUCCUCGUUUCGGGGUUGAAGGAGCUGCGGAUUCGGAUGAUGACAUACAUCAAGGAACACGUCGCACGCAGACGGUCAGGCCAUGUCGGAGUUGGUGUCGAUGCCUGUGAAGACGACGCCGCGGAGCCCCCUUCGGCAUCCCAAGCAGUCGGUGUCGCCGACACCAGCGGAGAGGCCGGAGACGGCGUCGACAAGGCAGAUGAGGAGGCAGAAAGGGCUGUGGCGAGGACCGCGGAUCAGGAAAAGGAGGAGGAGGAGGAUGACACCGACGAUCAGGAUGAUAACGAGGAGGAUCGUGAGGAGCGUGAGCAGGGGCAUGGGCAGGAGGAGGAGGAGGAGGAGGAGGAGGAGGAGGAGGACGAGGAGGAGGAGGAGGAGGAGGAGGAGGAUGAGGAGGAGGAGGAGGACAAGGAGGCGGCGGCGGCGGAGGCCGUGGAGCAGGGUUUCGGGUCGGUGGAGCAGGUGGCGGAGGGGGAGAAGCAGCAAGAGGGGGAGGAGGAGGUAGAGUUCCCCUGGGUCGAAUUCGAGAUGGAGGAUGUUGAGGGAGCGGCGGCGGUGGCCGUGGAGGGAGCGGCGGCGGCCGUGGAGGGAACGGGCGGGAUGUCGGCGGAUGUUGUGUACGUGCGAGGGGAGGGUGCCGAUGUGGAGAAUGUCGGCGUGGAGGAGGCGCACGUGGUCGGCAAUGUGGUUGGCGACGCGAAGGAGGAGGAUAACGUCGCGUCCCCGACGCCGACGGGCGUGGAGACCACCACAGGGAACGCAGGGGUGGAACGCCGGGGUGGAGCGGUAGAGGCGGGCCGUCAACCGGGUUCCUCAGCAGCUGGUCGGCAGGCAACGCCGGCCGUCGUCGCGCAGCUGCGACAGGAGAACAUGUGGCUGAGGGCAGAAAAUGCUCGUCUCGAGACGGCGCUCGGAGUGGAGAGGGGUCGGGUGGACAGGUUCGCGAUGGGGAUUGGCCACCUCGUGGACAAGCUCAGGUCGUUGGCCGACCAGGUCGCCGCCUCCGACCAGGACGCGUCGAGUCGGCUGAUGGACGCGUCCUUGACCAUGGCGACGACCGUGACGGAGAACAUCACUGCCAACAUGGGUGAAGCAUGGGAGGCGAUGAAGGCGUACGCCGAGAGGGCGGAGAGCUGGUUGGACGAUCUAGAGAAUCCGGAGGGGGUUAUGGCGUCUUUCAAGGCGGACGUGUUGAAGGCGGUGACUGAGGCCACCCAGCAGUCGUUUGCUGCGUCCGGGUUAAACCUCAUGACCCAGGUGAUCGGCCAUCUGGCGCCUGGUCGGCAUGGGUCGUCGUCGUCGGACAACGAGGCCGACAAGAAGGGUGCGAAAAGGGCGGGCGGCGGAGAUGAUGCGUUGAGCUCGAAGCGGAGCAAGGGAGCCGAUGGGAGCCGCGGCGUCGGCCAGGUGGCUCCAGGCGGCUCGCGGAGCAAGGGAGCCGAUGGGAGCGGAGGUACGAGCGUGGUCGACCAGCUGAAGAAGAACGGGGCCAAGGUGAUAAGGACGCACAGCAAGGGCGAUGGAAUCAGGAGUGCGGAGGGGGGCCCUGCCGACCAGGUUGCCGCUCAAGAGGCUGGACCAACAGCCCCGCCAUUGGUCGCCGAGAAGCCGGCCAGUCUAGCGACCGCACCAACGGCGAUAGAUGGCGGCGCCAAAACCGUCAAAGGACCGUCCGUCGGAGUGGCGGGGACCACGUCGAUCCCCCGCAAACCCCCUGCGGCUAGCAGCGCGCCGGUCGCCCCGUCAGCCGCCAACAACGAUGGGCCGUCCCUUGCGGCUACUCCAGCACCAGCAGGCACGUCUGCCGCCAAGGUUGACGCGGUGGAUGCUGCGGCUAACCGCGCUGGUCCGUCCGCCCCAAAGGCGAACGCGCUCAGGGAGAUGCUCAGCCGCAUGGAGACCCAUCGACAGGACGUGCAGCAGCCUCCCGUGGUCGGCACCGCGCCGGCCACAACAGCACGUCGCUCGGUCACUCCCCAGGUCGCCGCCACAACGUCCAGUGCCCCACCUACCGCGCCUAUCAUCGCCGCCCGUCCUCCUGUGGACCCAAAGUCCGCGUUGCUUCGCGCCCAGUUAGGCGUACGUACUGCGGCUGCGCAGGCACGGGCUCAGCCGGUAUCCAGCUCAUGCGCGACGCCGACGUCGGUGACCGUAGCUGCACACACACUCGGUGCGGCUACUAUCGAGGCGGUGGCGGAGAAGGGCGUGAGUGCAGCGCUAGCCACGGGCGGCAGAUCAGUUGACCCUGCACAGGCGGCGAAGGACCACAACGACGCCGAUAUCGCUGCCAUCCAGGACCUGUUGGAAGCGGUAAACCGCCCCAAGCAGCCCCCUGUGCUGGCCAUCUUGGACUCGGCGAGUCCCACCGGCUGUACAGCGGAGCCAAAGACGACCACUGCUGCGGUCGGCGCGGGAAAGUCGAAACGGAAGGGGACGGUCGACGCAGGGAAAGCGAGGCCGAGCUCGAAGAAGAAAACACGGGCGACGUCGGCGAUGGUGAAGUCGGUGCAGAAAGGACAGGGGAUGGCGACGGCGAUGGUGGAGAAGGAGAAGAAGGAGGAGGAGAAGGAGGAGGAGGAGAAGAAGGAGAAGGAGAAGGAGAAGGAGAAGGAGAAGGAGAAGGAGAAGGAGAAGGAGAAGGAGAAGGAGAAGGAGACGGAGAAGGAGAAGGAGAAGGAGACGGAGGAGGAGAAGGAGAAGGAGGAGGAGGAGGAGAAGGAGAAGGUGGAGGAGGCGGAGGAGAAGAAGCUGGAGGAGGAGGAGGCGGCGACGGAGGAGGAGAAGGUGAAGGUGAAAGAACGGAAGGGUCAUGGCAUCCGCCACGACUCGACGGGCGACAAGCAAGGGUGGGUGGGCGAGAUCAAGGUGGUCGGGAACGAGAGCAGAUACAUCGGCAAGUCCCGCGACAAGAUGGAGCUGGCGUACCUUCACUCCAUUGUGUACCUCCUGUACGACGGUUUCGUCAGCAAGAUCCUCAUGGCCGAGCUCACCGGCCUGGAGGAAACAGUGAUGAAGCAGUGGAGGGCGGUGUGGAAGGAAGUCCGGUUCUUGCCGACUGGGAUGUGGACGGUGAUCUGGGCAAGGGGCGCGUUCCUCCCAAGGACACGGUUCGACGACAUCCUCGGGAAGUAUAGAGCGUACAAGACAUCAGGCGAUGCGCACCACGACGCGCUUUUGCCCGCGAUCUGGUUCCCCGUCGAUGCCGACGGGAAGUCGGAUGCAAUGAUGUCGGCCAUGCUUGAUCGCGUGUCCUUGUGCGCGGCGUAUGGGGAGGUCGCUGCAUCCGCGGCGAGAAUGGAGGGCGACACGGAUCAGAAGACGGCGAAGGUCGCACAGGCGCUGUCGGCCUCAGCUUGCGCACUGUGGUGCUUAGUCGAGGGCGACGGCGCCCAGGUGGCUGAUGCCGUCCGCGAAGGGAAGGCGGCGGCGAUGUUGGUCGGCGCCAGCGAGGCUACCGCCGCCGAGUUCAAGAACGUCAUGUCGGCGGUGCUGGAGGUGGCGAUCAGCAGGCAGCAACCCCUUGGGGAGGUUGCGCACAACGUCGCACCGGCGCUUGAGUCCACCGCUCUGGCCAGAGCCUAUCCGGGGUUGGAUGUUGAACCCGAGGCCAAACUGAUCGCACGAGCGACAGUGGAAACCCUCGCGUUCUGGGGGAUGUGCCACGUGGAUGGGCCGAAACUCAGGAAGAUCGGCAUCGCGGUGCCGCUGGAUGCGCAGAUGGAGUACGACAUCGAGCACAGGGGGAGGAAGAGGCCGAGGGGCAAGCAGGGCAAGGACAGCUCGGGGAAGAAGGGGAAGGGCAGAGCGGGCAAGGACAGCACGGCGGCGUAG